ACGCUCACUCUGCCUGGUUCCUAUGUAGACGCGUCUGUGUAGUGAAUUCUCAGUCACAGUCUGAGGUAUUGGAUGGGAGAGGAGCCGUCACUCCUUCACUGAGACAUAACGACUGAUGAUCAAACGUCUUCAUCAAUGUGUAUGGUCAUAUUUGCUCCGCUUUUUGCUGUUUUUGCAUUUGCAUUAUGUGGCGGAUAUUCUGGCCAGAUAACGGUUAAAGUGGAAUGCCUGGAUAAAACCCAAAGCAACAUCAGUAUCAGUUUCAGCUAUCCAUUCAGACUUCAGCAGGUGCACUUUAAUGCUCCUCUCUGUGAGGGUAAGAGGCAUGAGACGCUUUUCCUCGAGGGAGAUUACUCUUCUUCAACACAGUUCUUCGUUACUGUGUCUGUUCUCGCGUUUCUCUACUCCCUCCUGGCUACAGUAGUGUACAUCUUCUACCAGAACAAGUACAGAGAAAAGAACAGAGGACCUGUACUGGACUGUCUGGUAACGGUGGUUUUCUCUGGGCUGUGGUUAGUGAGUUCAAUAGCCUGGGCUAAAACACUGUCCGGACUGAAAACAGCCUUAGAUGUAGGUCAGAUGCAGCUGUUAAUGUCUGCCUGCAGAGACCCUGAGAACCUCUGCGAGACACUAGAGGAGCCUGCCUGGACCAAUCUUAACAUGUCGGUGGCCUUUGGCUUCUUGAACUUCUCCCUGUGGGCUGGUAACAUUUGGUUUGCCUACAAAGAGACAGGCUUGCACAAGUCUGGUCAGCGCUAUCCCUCCAGAACCCCCUCUGAGAAACGCAGCAGCAGUUUCAGGCAGUACAGUCAAAGCAGCUUUGACCAAUCCGGAGCAGGCUUUGAACAAAGGCUCUACAGCCAGGCGAGUUUUGACCUAUCGAGUGGAAGCUUCAGCCUGCCGCAGACCAAUCUGGGACCACCGAUGCUUUACCGACAGAUGGGGAGCCCCACCUCCAAAGGACCUCUGAUAUUUGUCAAUGAGAGUCAGUGAGAGAAGUGAAUACAGAGUGAUUACUAUGUACAGUCAAAAAUAAAAAGAGACAAGAGAAAAGGAAAAGAGAUAAAAAGUGAGAGACUAAAGAGAAAAUAAGUUCUGAGAUUCUGAGUUCUGAGUCCUAUGGGGCACAGAAAAAGACAGAAACCGAAAAAUCCUUGACCAGUAGCAGGAUCACAGGCGACAUGAAUAAAUUCUGUUGUCAUUGGCAGAAGAGUCAGUGGUUAUUUAAUUGACUUUGUUUUUGGCUAAUCUUUUCUCUGGUUUAGUCUUGUGGUUUUAUAUUUUUCAGGAAGAUUAAUUGUGUUUAAAUGUAACCAUGUAUGCAUUGCAAAUGCAAAUCAAAGCUAAUGUUACUUAUAAAAAUACUGUAUGUUAAUUUAAACAUUUCUAUCUGUUAAAUAAUGAGGCCUCGUUUGCUUGUGUACUGAUAGUGUACACAACAUAUUUGAUGUUUUUCUUAAGUAUAUUCUCAAGUGAAUAAGCCUAACAAGUCCAGUGAACAUGACUAAUGUUUGUAUUCAUUGAUUUAUGUACUGUAUUUAUUGAUAGUGUCAGACUCAUCAGGUAUAAUAAAAGAAUUGGAAAAAUACAUGUUCAAGGUUGGCUUUACAGAGUGAAACUUACAUGCAACUUUAACUGCUUGAAAAAUUCUCACUCAAAUUGCGUAAUGUAAAGUGUCCUGAAUAAUGUGAAGAUGCCCUUACAGCCAACAACAAUGUAGGCUAGGGAGUUAAACGUGUUGGAAACGAGAUGAAGAUGCAUGCACAAAGUCAGCUACAACGUGAAAGUCAGCUGCAACAGUUGCAAGCAUCUCCAAUCAAUCAAAACACUUAAAAUGCAUCAUCAAUCCAAAGGACUGAUUUAAUUACUUUAAUGGACAAGAAAAUGAAACAGAAUGUGUUUUAUUGGAAGGCUGAAAAAGAGAACGAUUUUAUGUAAGGGUAGUAGUCUAAAAAAGAAAGGCAAUGACACUGAGAAAAAUUAUGCAAAGAUGAUUUUAAAGUGCUACAAAUAUGCAAAUGUAAAUAAAACUCCAUAGAUUACUUAAAGAGACCAUAGAGAGAAUAAUAUGAUGCAUUAAAAUAUAGGAGCUGCUAAUUUGGCUAAUCAAAUCAAAUUAAAUGUGUUGUGUGAAACUUGCUUUGCAUAACCGCCAAGUUUUCAGGCAACUCAUAACAUUCCACUAGUUGCAUUGAGGUUUCACUGUAAAGCCAACCUAACAAGGACAUACAGUGCCACAGAUGUAAAGCCCUGCUCUUAUGAAGCACGGAAAGCUAUAUGGGUGCUAACAGCCCAACCAGGAGAAUCAUCAGCCUGCAAAAUGAGUGAGUGAAUGAGUGAGUUAUAAAAGCAUAUUAGAAGACACACUUCAGAAGACAAGUAAACAUCUCAUCUCAUGUAUGACAAAGUGAAGUAUGGUUAUAGUUGCACCUCUCUGAAAACUAUACUGAUGACAUGGUUGUAUGUAGGAUUUUCUUGACAUAUUUUUGUGUCAAAACCACAGUCUGAGGUUAUGAGGUGUCUGAAGAUGUAAAAUGCCUAAUCAGAAGGCUGUAUUAUUAAUUACUUGGUAUAUUCGCUGUGUCCAGUGCAGUGCAUGAAGUGUAGUGAUGUAGAAAGUCUCAGUCAACACAAGUGAUGCAAUCAUGUUGUACCUUGUAGAGUUGAUCAGUGAACACUGUAAACUGGCCUUGUUGUCUAAAAGGGAAUAAAGACAUUAAAAAUUCUGUCAGGUG